AUGCUCCAGGAAACAAGUAAACGUAUACAUAUUUUCAGCAUUACUGAAUCGCAUCUGAACAAAAACAUACAAGAUAGUGAGGUCGCUAUUAGCGGUUAUAAUUUUAUCAGGAAAGAUCGAAAGAAUGGUUGUGGUGGUGGGGUUGGUUGCUAUAUUAGAGAUGAUAUUAAGUGGAAAAGGAGAUCAGACUUAGAGAAACAAUCAGUCGAGGCGUUAUGGAUCGAAAUAUUUUUUCAAAAUUCCAACUCCACCUUGUUAUGUAUAAUCUAUCGUCCUCCUGACUCGUCAAAAUACCUCGAUGCAAAUUUUGAGAAUAACUUUGAAGAGAUAAAUAGCUUAGCAACUGAAGAAAGAAAAGAAACUAUUGUCAUUGGGGACUUAAACUGCAAUUAUCUAAACAAUGGAGACCACAAAUCAAUAAAGCGUAUCCUCCAACUUCAUGGUUUUAAACAAAUUAUCAAAAAACCCACGCGAAUUACACCGAGAUCAAGAUCCUUAAUUGAUAUUAUAUGCACCACGCAUGAAAGCAGGAUUCCUGAGCACAUAGUAAUCGCAAAUUCCAUCAGUGACCAUGAUCUCACCGGCAUAACAAGAAAAAUGAAUUGUCUUAAAUUCAAACCACGAAAGAUAAACAUAAGAUCUAGGGCCAAUUAUAAUGUUAGUCAAUUUAAAUCUGACUUGCGCAAAAUCCCAUGGGAAACCCUAAUUAAUGAAAAUGACGUUCAAGCUAGCUGGGACUUAUUCAAACAAACCUUGACGACUAUAAUAAAUCGACAUGCCCCUUUGAUAGAAAAGAAAGUAAAAGGCCGUGAUUGCCCUUGGUUAACCCAUGAAAUAAAAGAGAAAAUGAAUGAGCGAGAUCACUUGUUGAAAAAAGCCAGAAAGAGUGGGAAAGAAUGUGACUGGUGUAAUUAUCGCAAAGCACGAAAUAGUGUCACAAAAUGUAUUCGCCAGCAUAAAGCAAAUUAUAAUCGCUCAGUCUUUCGUGAGAACGUUAACAGACCAAAACAGUUCUGGGAUCAAAUAAAGAAAUGCUACCCAACACGAAAUAAGGGGGAAACCCCAAACAAGCUGUUUGACGUUGAAGGAAAACUCAUAUCCGAUAGCUAUCUGAUCGCUAGUGCUUUUUGCAACUUUCUUACUGGAAUUGGUACAUCCAUUCAACAAUGCUAAGUCACAUUAACAGAGAAACAUUGGCAAUUCCACAGCUAUCAAAAAUUGCAAGAUCUCAUAAACCCACAUCAUUGCGUUUUUAAAUUUAAGGAAGUGACUGAAAGGGAUAUUACUGUCUAUUAUAAAAACGUUGAGAUCAUCCACAGCCCCAGGAUAUGAUAAUAUCCCGAUAUCCUUUAUUAAAGACGGUGCCCAAGAAUUAUCCACCCCACUUGUGCUUUUGAUAAACUUAUGCUUACGACAGUCAAUUUUCCCAGAUGUAGAGAAAUUGGCAAAUGUUACACCAAUUUUUAAGUCAGGAGACUGAUCAUCAAUGGAUAACUAUAGACCAAUUUCCGUCUUGCCUGUAUUAGCAAAGAUUAUUGAACGUGUUGUUCACAGACAGCUAUCUAUCUAUCUGGAAGAAAACUGUCUGCUUUCCCCUAACCAAUUUGGAUUUCGUAAAGGUCGAUCGACUCAACAGGCAGUUACCUAUUUCUCGGACCAUAUAAGGGAUUGUAUGGACAAAGGUGAAUACUGUGGCGCUGUCUUUAUCGAUCUGAAGAAAGCAUUCGACACGGUGGAUCAUGGUCGUUUACUGUCCAAAUUAUCUCACUACGGUAUUAAAGAUAAAGAACUAACAUGGUUUGAGAACUAUUUAUUUGGAAGGCGUCAACAUGUAAUCUACGAUGGCACACAAUCUGACAGCCAACCUGUCGUCUGUGGUGUGCCACAGGGUUCCAUCUUAGGGCCUAUGCUGUUCAUCUUGUUGAUUAAUGACAUCGAUCACCAAUUGAAUAGCUGUAAAAUCCUACUAUAUGCUGACGACACAGUGGUCUUUACAUCCAGUAAAAAUCAAGAAACCAUUAAAGUAAAUUUAAACUCGGAUCUAUCAAAACUGGCCACCUGGUUUUAUGAAAACAACCUGGUCGUCAACCUCAAAAAAGGAAAAACCGAAUUCAUCCUGUACGGUACACCUAACAAAUUGUCAAAAGCCGAGAAAAUGGAUAUUAUGAUUCGAAACGAACCGGUGAACGAAGUACAAGCGUAUCAAUACCUCGGAGUUAAAAUGGAUAAAUCCUUAACCUAUGUUGAGCACAAAGCACAAAGACAAGAUAUAUAA